AUGGCCGUCCGAUCUACCGCCGAGGAAAUGGAGAGGCUUCAGCUUUCCGAUGAAGAUACCGAGGACCUCUGGGAUUCUCCUUCUAAAAGGCAAACACGCCAGACCUUCAAACAACGAUCCUCUGAAGAGCACAUUGCCCCCGAACCUCGGCCAAUCCAGGAUAACAGCGACAAUGCGUUUGAUCGCGAAGAAGCCCGUGAAGCCGCUCUUCACCACGAGCUCCAAAGUGUGCGAAACAUCAACGAGGUUCUUGAAGGGUUGCUUGGGAGUAUUGAUCGGGCCAAAGGAAAUAUGGAGACUGUGUCAAAAACAGUCACCUCCGCCUCAACUCUCCUCAACACAUGGACCCGGAUCCUGUCGCAGACCGAACACAACCAACGGCUGAUUUUGAACCCCAAUUGGCAGGGUGCAACACAAGACGUGGCCGAUAUAGAGAAUGAGGCUAUUGAAAAACAGCAAGCGGCAGAACGACGGGAACGGGCACUCCAGGAACAACGUGAGGCAGCAGCACGUCGGGCAGAGGAGGAAGAACGAAGACGCGUCUUGAACCCCAAAGCCGGCCGGGGAGCCAGUCGAGGAACUGUGCGAAGUACCGGCCUCGGCAGAACCCCGAGCGUGAGCACCUCUCGAACGGGCGCCACGCGUGGCACAUCAACAGCGAAUGCAGGGACUCGCCGGCCCCUCAGUGGGAUUGCUAGAGGCAGUGGGAUCGCCCGUGAGCUCGAAAGGGCCCUGUCCCCGCCAAACCUAGAGAGUCGCGUCAAAUCCCCUAACCUCCGCUCACCCCGGGCAUCUGCCGACUUACCUUCGCCGGGUCAUUUCGCAGGAGGUGGACAUGGCAACACUGGCUUUGGUCGGGAUAUUGAGGGCGGUCAUGUGAGCCUAGGUGCAUUUGAGACCAGCCUGCCGGUUCGCAUGGAUGUGGAAGCUAUGCUGGCAUAUCUACUUCUGCCUCCAGCCGGAGGAGUCUUUCUGCUCUUGGCCGAGCACAAGAGUGAUUACGUUCGAUUCCAUGCGUGGCAAUCUAGUAUGCUCUUCAGUGCUAUUUUCGUCAUCCAUCUCAUCUUCGCCUGGUCUUCCUUCCUCUCCUGGACCCUCUUCAUAAUCGAUAUCCUACUUAUUGGGUUUCUCAGCAUGCGCGCUUAUCGUGAUGUCGACACAUUAGAUCACUUCGAGGUUCCUUUCAUCGGUCGUAUGGCUAACUCCUUCGUGGACAACGAAUGA